AUAGCCACUUAGCCCACACGAGAGUUAAACCUUGUUGAGUCUGGUUGGAGACUAGAGAGAAGUAAUGGAUUCUGUUGCCCUUCCACUGUGGGCAGCCCUCUACUUCUUGGUUCACCUGGCAGCUUGCAGUCCCAUCAUGAGCCUGGAGCAGUCUUCCCUGGAGGAAGAUGUCCCCCUCUUCGAUGAGGUUCUUUCAGAGCAGGACGGCGUUGAUUUCAGCGCAUUGCUUCAGAACAUGAAAAAUGAGUUCCUGAAGACACUGAACCUCUCUGAUAUUCCGCUGCAUGACACUGCUAAGGUGGACCCUCCAGAGUACAUGUUAGAGCUGUACAACAGGUUCGCCACUGACAGUACCUCAAUGCCAUCAGCAAAUAUUAUUAGAAGCUUCAAGAAUGAAGACUUGACUUCCCAACCCACUGCUGUUACUGGAAUCCGAAAAUACCCUCUUCUAUUCAAUGUAUCCAUCCCUCACCAUGAAGACAUCACCAUGGCAGAGCUGAGACUCUACACACUGGUGGAACGAGACAGAAUGCUUUAUGAUGGGUUGGAUAGGAAGGUCACCAUUUUUGAAGUACUGGAGGAUGACCAUGUGGGAAGAGAAGGAGAGGAGAGAAAAAUAGUGGUGCUAGCAUCCAGGCAGAUUUAUGGCACUGACAGUGAAUGGGAAACAUUUGAAAUCACAGAUGCCAUCAGGCACUGGCGUAGGUUGGAGCUGACCACUCACAGGCUAGAGGUGCAAAUAGAGAGCAGAGAAGGGGAGGAGCAAAAUGGAGAGGGGAAACUCGAUAUCGACAUCAACUCUGAGGCCAAGCAUAUGCCAUUGUUGAUUGUGUUCUCAAAUGACCAAAGCAACGACAAAAAAGAGGAGAAGCAGGAACUCAGUGAAAUGAUAGACCAUGAGCAGCUGCUGGACUUGGAGACUCUGGGAGCGGGCAGCUCCCACGACAGACCAGGAGAAGAAGCACUUCUCCAAAUGCGAUCCAACAUCAUUUAUGAUUCUACUGCCAGGAUCCGGAGGAACGCCAAGGGCAACUAUUGCAAAAGGACUCCACUCUAUAUAGACUUCAAGGAGAUUGGAUGGGAUUCCUGGAUAAUUGCCCCGACAGGCUAUGAAGCUUACGAAUGUCGCGGAGUAUGCUCCUACCCUUUAACAGAACAUGUCACACCAACGAAACACGCCAUUGUCCAGACAUUGGUUCACCUGAAGAAUCCCCAGAAAGCUUCCAAAGCCUGCUGCGUGCCUACCAAACUUGAUCCUAUCUCCAUCCUCUACUUAGAUGCAGGGGUGGUUACUUACAAGUUCAAAUAUGAGGGUAUGGUCGUGUCAGAGUGUGGCUGCAGAUAGUAGAAGGAAAUGCAAAGUCAGUGGGUGCACGAGGGGAGUAUUUAAUAAUUCAAACUGUAAAUUUGUACAUUUUUGGAUUUCCUAUUUAAUAAGGUUAUUUAAUGAGGUGUGUACAGAUAAUUCUAUGUUUCAUGUCAUAGGGAAUGGGCAGGUCAUAUGACUAUAGGGAAAUGUAUAUUUUGCUCCAGUGUUUGCUUCUUCUCACUGUUUAACUUGUCCAAAUUAUGAGAAGCUUCCUUUAUAAACAAAUUGAAGAACAAAAACCAAAUCUUUGGGUAUGGAGGAUUUUUAGGUAUGGCAAGGUGCCAUACUAUAAUGCUUGAGCUUUGUUUCUUUAAAAAUGUUUCUGUCCUGUGAUCUAGGACAGUAUGUAGCCUUUGCAUGGACUGAAUUGGAUAAAAUAAUGUGGUAUGAUACAUCUAUUAUAUUAUAAUAUUUUCUGAUAGAUGCUUUCCCAUCCUUCCUUCAUCCACUGAGUUAGUAUUUUUAUUCUCAGAAUAUUCCUCUGGCUUUGUGUCACAACUUCUGAUUUUCAUAGACAAAAAUUUCCUACUGAUGUGCUUGGAAUCAGUUAUAACAUUUUAAAAUAACUACAUUUACACAAUUUAUAAUCAGUGAAAUUGCAAGCACAGUGUAAUUACACUCACUUUAGGUGUUUGGAUUGAAUAAUAAGCUAAAUAUUAUGAAAAUAUGCAAAACAAAAAACAAAAAAAUGUGCAAACCAGAAUGUUUCCAAAGGCUGAAAAUUAUGGGCGAAAUUUUCAAAAGUGACUAAGCUUAGAGCUUAUCACUUACCUGACAAAGAGACCAAUGUCCAGAUCCAACAAGUUAUCUGGGUGGUUAACUGAUAUUUUAGAUGCUUAACUCCUGUUGUUUUCAAUAGAAGUUAAGCACCUUUGUGACUCUUGAGUUUUGGGAACAUGAAGGCUGGAUUUUCGAAGUCAUUCAGGUUUCCAAGGAUGCAGACAGGUGUCUACUAAGAUUUUCAAAUGCACCAAAGUUAAGUAACCUGCUCAACUGAAACCUAACCUCAUCAGACACUUGAAAACCCCCAUAAGUCUCUUAAGUGACAAUAGGUGCAUCCAGACGGCUUUGCACAUGUGGAUUGUGGAGCUGCAGAUCCAUCUAGGGUGCUGCAAACUACAUGCGCUACCCAUGCAGGUGUUUGCUGCAUUGCUAAUUUGCAGCACAGGAGGGGUUUUUUGCUGCCAAGAGACUGAGUGAAGUUAGGUUCCUUAAGUCAUUUGGAUACUUUGCUCUUUAAGAAGUAUCUGUACAAGCCUGGAUUUACAAACAAAAGUCAUUUUAACGGGAUGGUUUUACCACUAUCCAAAGACCAGAUGGAAACUUCCCUAUUUCCUACCUUCCUCACUCAAAUAAUAUGCCCAUUUGCAAUGUUAGGCAGGUCCAUUGCUCUGACAAGCAGCCCCUUUGCCAACAUGUGAGGUAAGAAAUGUUCCUACUGUUUGUUUAUUCUGGAAGUACGUUGUACAUAACAAUCCUGGCUUUGGAAAUACAAUACAUUUGGCGCAUGUUAUCUAUUAAGGGCCAGAAUUUCAGCUAGGGUAAAUCAACAUCAUAACUCUGUUGAAGUCCUUGAAGACAUGGAUUCACACCAGCUGAAAAUCUGCCUCGCCGGUGUCUGUUUUAUACAUCAUGAAAUUAUGUAAGGCAAAGAAAAAGGCAGUGUACCAGUGCGCUUACUCUAUGUAGACCAAGGUAGAAAAGAAAAGCACUCUCUCUACCUUAGUUACAGAGAGGCUCUUUCCUUUAUGUAUGUGUUGAAGUUGUCAAUUCAUAAAGAUAUUGCUACCCGCCCCCCACUUAAACUAUAUAUGAUGGAGUCACAUGCCAUGUUUCCGCCACUCUUCUGCAACAAAUCGUACUGAUAAGAAGGUGUCAGAGCUGAGAAACAAUAGACCCGUCACUUUAUUUAUACUAAGCUGCAAAUUUGUCAGAUUCUUGGGAAAGUGUAAGUGACGUUGACUCUUCCAGCCCCAACCGGAGCCUACUGUACUGUCCCUGCAUCUGUUUUACUCUUUUAAGGCAAAGUUAUCCUUACUGGAAGUGAUAAGAGACCUGUCUUUGAAAGAACUGACUCUGACACUUCGUGGGAAUGAACUUAAAAGACUAUCAGUUGAAGCCAGUUUCACCUAGGUUCACGCAAAUCCUUCUAUGCUUCCCGUAAUUUAUUGAUCUAUUUAUUGAUGUCCACCUUUGUAAUAUACUGUAGAAUACAAAUGCUUGUAUGUAAU